GAGUAUAUAUGGGACACUGGUAGCCAUCAACCGGCACACUCUCAGUCGCUCCGACUCGGGAACCAGGGCAUCAGCGGAGAUAGCAGGCUUUACUUCGCGGUCUUAGGCUAACUCGCUUUGGGCUUUGGUUCAGAAUGGAAACGUCUACUUUUUCUCGGAGCCGACGAUGCUCCAUCAUGCGCAGCUGCAAAAGCGGUCUCUCCCUCUGGCUGGUGGUGUGGCUAGUCCUUGGCAAGCCAAGUCCGGCAUCGGCAUGUCCGCACCUGUGUGUGUGCUAUCCGACGCCGAUGACUGUGAGCUGCCAGGCGCAGAACUUCACCGCCGUUCCUGUCGGAGUGCCGUACGAGUCGCAGCGCGUGUUUCUCCAGAACAACAGGAUCACGGAGCUUAGAGUUGGCUCUUUUGGCUUCGGAACUCAGGUUCUGUGGCUGUUUUCCAACAACAUCACUUGGAUUGAGGCAGGGGCCUUCAGUGAGCUGAGGGACUUGGAGGAGUUGGACCUGGGGGAUAACCCUAACCUCCACAGGUUGGAGGGGGGAGCCUUCCGUGGCCUUGAGAAGCUCCAGAGCCUCCACAUGCACCGCUGCCGGCUCACUGCCCUGCCCCAUGACAUCUUCCACAAGCUUUACAGUCUGCAGUUCCUUUAUCUGCAGGAGAAUAAUCUUCACUUCCUGCAGGAUGACAUCUUUUCUGACCUCAUCAACCUGAGUCAGCUGUUCCUGCAUGGCAACCGUAUCCGUACCCUUUCAGAGAACGUGUUCCGUGGCCUGGUCAACCUCGAUCGCCUUCUCCUCCAUGACAACCGCAUCAGACAGGUGAACCGCCGGGCCUUCCGUGACCUUGGCCGCCUGACAAUGCUCUUCCUCUUCAAUAACUCUCUGGCUGAGCUGCCCAGCCAGACUCUGAGGGACACCCAGGGCAUCGAGUUCCUCCGCCUCAAUGCCAACCCCUGGUCUUGUGGGUGUGAGGCCCGUGCCCUGUGGGAGUGGUUCCGUGAGGCCCGUGUCUCCUCAUCUGAAGUCAUCUGCUCCUCCCCUUCCACCCGUCGUGGCCAGGAUCUCCGCUUCCUUCGUGAGAUGGACUUCGCCCUCUGCCCCUUGCCUGACCCUGGCUCCAUUGCCGGCUCCACCACCACCACCUUCAGCACCAAGACCCGCUGGUGGUUCCACAAGAACAAGCCCCAGUCAUCCACUAAAGGUGUCUUCGAGAAAGCCUCAGAGACUGUGAAGGCUGGUUUGUACGGAAAGGGCCCGUCCACAAUCACCUCAGCAGUCAAGUAUGAGCUGGGAGAGGAUGAGCUGGCGCUGCCCAAACUCGAGCAAGAAGAGUACUGGGCAAACUAUGGCAAUGAGGACUCAGGUGUCACCCUGCGGUGCUUUGAGCUUGAAUGUCCACCUGAGUUCGACCUGCCUCCAUCUUCCUCCUCUCCCAGAUCCUCCUCACCCUCUUUUCUUUUACUACUAGCCCUUUCUGUUUUCACCCUCUGCCUCAACCUUCACCUGCUAUUUGGCUGAAUCUGACUCUUAGUACCACACCCCUACCCUUCCAGCCUGUUUUAAAGGCUGUGAGGAUCCCUGUUAGACUUUCUACACCCCCUUUGCCCACUUUGCUGUAAGCAAAUCCUCAAGGCACAGCAAGGGAGAUGGGGGGGACGGUUAGAUUUGAAAUCUACCAACUACAGGGCUUAACACUUUUCAGGGCUGCUAAGAGUUCUUCAGCUAAGGUAUAUAUUUAUCUACAAUGCUCUGCAGGUAUGGCUUUCUCUGCCUUACCUGUAUGAUGUCAUGUUAUGAUUCCCUGUAAUCAGGGCUACGAGGGCUGAGUCCAUCUCUAGUACAAACGCAAUUUGAUAGCAGCUGUGAAUGAUGUUGUCAAUUCUGUCACCUCAACUUAUUUAAAACUACUAGUGCUUUUAGUGCAUCCAAAUAACUGGUUGCUACGAAUGCUACAAUUACUGUUAGAAUCAGUGCACAGUAAUGAAAAUACUGUAACCACUUAAAGUGUCAUGUAAAUAGUUAUGUGUACUGUGAGUGUUCAAACUAAUAUCUGUGGUUCAUCACAAUCAUGUUCAUCUUGAUCCAGAAAAACUGUGAAGGCUUGUGCUUCUACAGGACAGAGCACCAGGCGCAAUGAAGCUGAGGGUCUUAGAGCAAGAGAGGAGAAAGGGAAACAAAGUGAGGUUGAGCGGCAGCAAAAGGAACAAGAGAGAGAUGCACAGACGUCAUAGAAGAAGGAAGGGAGACAAAAUGGCAGUGAGAGGAAGGGAGGAGAUUUCAAAGGAAACAGCUUUAGAAAGAAGAAGAUGUGGGUGGGGAGGGGAGUGUUCAGGCAGCAAUAAGAAAAGACGCAGAAAAACAGCGAGACAGAACAGAGGACAGUGCUGGCGGUAGAAGCAGCAAUUUGCAGGAGACAAAUAAUAAAUCUACUCAUCAGUAGUUGUUCCAUCCAUUAUACUCAUACCGUUCACCAUUUUCUGUAUAUAUAGUGUUGUUUUGCGACAACCACAGGGAAUGAAUGCUUCCUGUCAGGAAGCCAGAGAUUUUGUUUUUUGGAUGUCUUUCUGUGACAUAUUGAUAUAAUGUGUGAUGAUUGUUGACUUGGAUGCAGAUGAAGAUCUUGAUAAAAAAGAUAUAUUGAA